CUCUCCCGCAUCGAGGGGAUGAGCUCUUCUCGGUUCGAAUGAUUUAUUCGUUUGUUCCACGUAUGAAGAACUGCGAAAUACUCGGCGGCCGAGGCGUCGAUAACGAGACCGAGCUACAGCCGUCGUCGCCGAACGUGAAGGGGAGGCCCCGCGCGCAUCGCACGCAUCACGGCACGCAUCCCCGACGCUAAUGUACGCGAGCGUUCUCGCGAUACGCGAGCUGCGGCGUUGAGCGCGCCGAACCGAGUCGGGAGGAUAUUCCAAGUGUGCUUUUACGCGGACACGAGGGAGGACGAGAAGGAAGGAAAGAGGAUCGACUUGCGCGGCGGACGGCCGAGCGAAUGUAAAUAAACCGCGCGAUCUCGGUAAGCCGACAGAGCAGUACGAGGCCCACCGCGAAUCGUCCCGUGGCCGAGGCGCGUUAUCGAGAUAAGGACGUGCGCGAUAUAUAUAUAUACAUAUACACGUAUAUAUCGACGCCGACAAACCGUUAGUCCCGCGCGCGCACGCAUACACACGACACACGCAGAGCAGCGCGCGCGCGUGUGCGGGCGAUCGUUCGAGUCGUUCGUUCUUACACGGAUCGAGAUCGGGGCUCGCGAGGAACGAGGGAUUCUCUCCUUUUUUCUCCUUUUCUUCCGGAGUGCGCGCGCACGUACGUACGUACAGGCACGCGUCCCCGCGUGCAUCUCGUAGUGCGCGACGAGGAUCCCACAGCCAGCCUGGGCGCGAUCCUCGGUCCUCGUGUUUUGUUUCUCGCGCGGACGAGCGUGCGAGCGUUGCCGACAGUACGAUGUUUCGAGCGUCGCGCGCUUCGUGAGGAUUCAAGAAUCUUCGUCUCCCUCAUCCGUUCGUCUCGACUGGAGAGGCUCGAAGAGGAGGCGGAAGGAUAAUCGGGGAAGCGAGAAGAGUCGUCCCCGAGGAACGAUCCGACGGACCCCGCAGGCGAGUGAGAGAUAAAAAGCACGGUCGGAGAACGUCGAGGACAUCACUCUCCUCCCUUUUCCUCUCUCUCCCGCCUUGUGAAUCGCGCGCGGACGCCAUCGCGGGAUUCGCGGGAUGGCAUCGUCCACGGUGGCCGUUCCGUCCGGAGCCACCUCGGUGCCGACGGUCGCGAAUGGCAGCGGCAGCGUCGGCGGCGGCGGUGGUGGUGGCGGUGGAGGCAGCAGUGCCAGCAGCUGCAGCAACGGUGGCAUCGUCGUCACCCCGUCUGGCACCGAGGAGAUCGACGGCGGCGAUAUAUUCGGCGAUCGAGGUAACGUCAACUCCGUCGGCGGCUACACCAACGGCGGGAAUCCCGGCGAUGCCCUGGAGGAGAUGGCGUGCGGCAACGGGGAGGCCAGCAAUCAGGGCUGCGCCCUCUGCAUGAGCAAGCUGUGCUCGCCCAGGGUCCUCUCCUGCCUGCACGUGUUCUGCGAGGCCUGUCUGGACAAGCUGCUGAUGGACGAGGCCGGGGACUCCAAAGUGGGCUCGGUCAUAAGCUGUCCCGUAUGCCGUCAAGACACUUCCGUUAGUUCUAAGGGCGCCGCGUCGCUCACGUGCGACUAUGUUCUCACCAAUAUAUUGGAUAUGUCCGCGAUCGAGAACAUGGCAGUACUCUGUACCUCCUGCAAGGCCAAAGAGAGCGCGGUGGCGCGUUGCUCGGAUUGCGCCAAUUUCCUGUGCCCAAACUGCAACACGGCGCAUCAGUUCAUGCGCUGCUUCGAGCAUCACAAAGUAGUUGCCUUUGAAGAUUUGAAGCAAUCCAACGAAGCUAUCCCGAUACACAAACCGAUAUUUUGCGAGUGUCAUCCUGCUGAGAAUAUGAAGUUCUACUGUCACACGUGCCAGGAACCUAUUUGCAAUGAGUGUCUGCUUGUGGAACACAAAGCACCGGAGCAUCAAUACGAACGACUGACGGAUGCGGAACCACGGCAGAAGGAGGAAAUAAUUAACCUGAUGACUGAAAGUAAAUCAAAAAUUGCUGAAUGCGAUCAGGUUACGGUACAACUGGAAAAUGCGCUUAGCGAGCUGCAAGUACAACAUGAUCAAGCAAAAGAUUUAAUUAUGGAGACUUUUCAAAGUUACAAGGCCAUACUAGAGAAAUGUAAAGACAAUGCGUUAUCCGACCUUGAGAAAUUGCAUUCAAACAGAGAACUCGAAAUCAUGGAUGCUUUUCAUGGUGUUGAGAAGACCGCAGAAAAAAUAGAAGAUGCUUGUCGUUUUACUUCGAGACUGCUGGAACACGGCGAUGCAGUGGAAAUCUUAGCACUUCGGCGUAUUGUAGGAGCGCAACUGAUGAAUUUAAUAAAAAAUACACCAAAACGCAAUGUAACAUUCUCUAUCGAAUUUCAAACCGACUAUGAUCAAUUUGAGAAAACUAUGAAGGAGGUAUUUGGAAAAUUUCGCACUGAAAGUACGCUAGAAGUGAAAGCUCAACCUGAACCAAUCUCAACGGUAUCAGGUGUCUCUACAAAUCAGCAAAUAGUUCAUACCACCUCAAUGGGUUGUCCAAGUUCUAUCAGCACAAGCUCUCCCAUUUCACUUCCCACGUCGAUGCAAUCCUCCUUUGAAGGUGAACCUUCAUUCAUUAUUCCACCGACCUCAAGUCCUCAAAAUAUCCCACCUCCUCCACCACCUGUACCUAUUCCACCAGGUUCGGUUCCUAUCCACGGAUUGACUAGCAUUCAAGAGUACAAUCUACAACAGCUGGCCAGUUUAGCGGAGAAGGUAGAGAUGGUGGGCGAUACUGGUGUAGUUGGACCUAGCUCGAAUCCUAGUCCAACUCCGUCCUUCACUUUGGCAGAUUUAUUUGCUGGAGACCUAAGUUCUACGAGCCAUGCCAUUAAUAAUUUGCAAGCUCUUGCAAAAUUAGGAAAUACUCUUGGCAAUCAAGAUCUGGGAAAUACCACCAUUAAUGGUGGUGGCGGACUAGUAUUGGGACGUGGACCUUCACCAGCCAUUGUAGAUAACCCAAACCUAGGUCCUUUGGCUGCAAAUAGUCUAUUAAAUGGAGGAUUUCAAUCAUUAUCCUCUUCUACUUCGCCGAUACUUUCACAGGGUGCUGAUGACUUAAUAGGUGAUUCUAUGCAUAAUAUGCCUGUAGUAGUAGGAAAUACCGUUGCCAAUCACGUAACCGGAUCAGGAACAGGGAAUUAUCCUGGUCAUCCAAGAACCCAGAAUACAAAAUUAACGCCUAUGCAUAUCCGAAGCAAGUUUGGACAAUUAGGACCCAGUAAAGGGCAAUUUAAUUCGCCUCAUGGAUUCUGUCUGGGAACUGAUGAAGAUAUUAUCGUCGCGGAUACAAAUAAUCAUAGAAUUCAGAUUUUUGAUAAGACUGGUACUUUCAAAUUUCAAUUCGGUGUUCCUGGUAAAGAAGAGGGACAAUUAUGGUACCCCAGGAAAGUAGCCGUUAUGAGAAAUAAUGGCAAAUUUGUUGUGUGCGAUCGUGGAAAUGAACGAUCCCGAAUGCAGAUAUUUACGAAGAAUGGUCACUUUAUAAAGAAGAUCGCUAUUCGUUACAUCGAUAUCGUAGCUGGCCUAGCUGUUACCAGCCAAGGUCAUAUUGUGGCUGUUGACAGUGUGUCGCCAACUGUGUUCGUAAUCAGUGAUACAGGAGACCUUUUGAGGUGGUUUGAUUGUAGUGACUAUAUGAGAGAACCAAGUGAUAUUGCUAUCAGUGGCAAAGAAUAUUUUGUUUGCGACUUCAAAGGACAUUGUGUUGUGGUGUUCAACGAAGAGGGUAAAUUCCUGCGUCGCAUUGGCUGUGAGAAUGUAACAAACUUCCCGAACGGGAUUGAUAUUAGCGAUGCAGGAGAUGUAUUAAUUGGAGAUUCACAUGGUAAUCGUUUCCAUGUAGCUGUCUUCUCCAGAGCGGGCUCCUUAAUAUCAGAAUUUGAAUGUCCAUAUGUAAAGGUGUCUCGAUGUUGUGGCUUGAAGAUAACUUCGGAAGGAUAUAUUGUAACACUGGCCAAAAACAACCACCAUGUCCUUGUAUUAAACACUCUUUAUAUAUUGUGAAGUGGCAUCAGACGAGUAAGUAUGUUAUAAACUUCCUCCUGCAAGUGGAAACUUCUUUGGAAACUGCUCUCAACGAAAGGUGGGAAAGGCAUGCCCAAGGCAUUACGUUCGAAUAUUGGGCCUAUUGAAGCAAUAGAAACAAGUGCAGCAUGCAGCUUUAAUAGUUGUAAAAAUAUAAUGCGUCCCCGUUUUAUGAAAGUAACAAUGUUGAAAACAAAAAAAAAAGCAGAAAGGUAACGUACGUCUCCGACCAAACAGUAUAAUAGUAACUUAGCAAUUUGCAUUUUGGUAAACUGCCAAAGUAAAUUAAAUUAACUAAGUGGAACCAGUUAUAUAAAAAAAAGAGAGAAGCAGUAAGCUAUAUCAACCAGUAAGCAACCAACCAGCCAGUUGGAUCGCUUGUAGUAGAGAAAGCAAUUUAUAAUGGCCUUCCGUCAAAAUUGGUUGUUGUACAUCAUUUUUGACAUGUCAGUAUUUUAAGUAUGUUUAUAAAUCAAAUUAUUCUAGUCUCCGACGAGCACUUUCUAUACACUGGUUUUUCGAUUCGUGCUCGGAACAAGACGUUCUCGUCCUGAUUUUUUAUUAAUCAAGGAUGUUUGUCUUCUUAGUCCUAACUGAUGCUUCAAGAUGCAUAUAAGUGCACAGAUUACGUUUAAAAAGUUUUCCUUUAAGAGAGCUUCUAAGUAACUAAUAAAUUCAGCAGGAUAAAUUUCACGAUGAAAGGAUCAAAAUUUUUCGCUUAAUAGGAAAAAAAGACAAAAAAAAAAGAACGUUGCAUGCUGCGAGGUAGUUGGUAGUACUUCCUGCUCUUAUCAUAUCGUAUUUCUAAAGAAGAGAAUGAAAAACAAUACUCCUCAUUGCAGCAGGCACGAAGCUUAACGAGAGCUAUGUUCCUGAUUUCUUUCUGCGCGUUUGAAAAUGAUAGUUGAGAACAUAAAUAUAAAAACAACGUUAAUGUGCAAGGAAUAGAUUAUGGUAUGUUGAAAAUCAAACAUUUAAUAUCUUAUAUAAAAAGUGUCGUACAGAAAAGGUACUUUGAGCGUAAAAAAAAAAGUGAAAUAAUUAUUUACACUUAUGAGACAAACGAGUAGAUCCCAUUUGUGCAUUGUUAAAAUUAGACGAGACACAUAAUGGUUACAAUAUUUACUCAGGAUGCUUUAUUAUGGUCCACCAUAUGAAUAUGAUAUAUAUGCGUGUGUGAAUUAUUGGUUCGUGGUGCUAGUGAAUAAUGUAUCCAUACCAUGUAAAUGUAUUUGUUAUAAAAUUACAGAAAUCGUUCCCGCGCAUUUUUUACAAUGCAGGGGAGCGAUUUUGUGUAAUAUAUUAUAUAAGAUUCGUAAGUACAUAAUAUAUAUAUACCACCGGUAUAUCAUAUAGGGACGAUACUUUAUCUAUGUAAAAAAAAAAAAGGAAAUAACGUACAGUUUGCUAAACAACCUCUAUUUAUGUAUAUAUUAACAUGAUACAUGAAAAAGGAAAAAACCACAUAAGACACAUACAUAUAUAGAAAUACACAUAUUUUUUAGGGUUGUUUACAUGAUCAGCCUUAAGAUUUGAUUGAACUAAAAUGCAAUGUGUAUACAACAUAUACAUCGGAUAUUUGGCAGAUUGCUACACUGUGUUACCUUACAUUAUCUACAAACGUUUAAUUAUAAAUCUAUCUUGCCAUACCAAAUGCUAGGUAGCACAUCCAUAUAUACAUAUAAUAUAUAUAUAUACACAGCAUAUAUAUAUAUAUAUAUAUUUAUUUAUACUUGACUAGCUUUAUCAAAUUCGUUUGCAUACAGGAAAAUUAUAUCGAUAAUGUCUGGUUUCAUUACUCGUGUGAAGCAAGUGAAAACAAUUUAGACGAAACGAGAAACGCAAAAAGUGGGACAGUACUAGGAGGCUAUUUUAAAGUUCGCGCAUAACAUCGGCAUUUGUAGUAAAUUGCACGAAGCCUACAUACAUACACCUAAGCUAAUCAGUCGUACUCAUCUCUCGUAUAACGUUAGAAGUUUUAAUUUUAUAUAUAAAAAGAAAAAAA